AUGCCGGCCGCGCGUUCGUCGCUCCUCUUUACGGCGAUCGAAUUCGUUUGCCUGUUUUGGGUCGUGGGAUCCGCGAACGACGUCAACGGAACGGUUUGCCGGUCAAGGAGAGAGUUCGAGGCGAAAUACCUGGUGUUCCCCGAAGGAAGCAACGUUCAACUAGUGUAUUGCCUGACGCUGACCACAUACGCGGAACCCACGGGAUUCUCCACCGUCGGGAUCACAGCUGGCCAGGCAUGGGAGUUGCCCAGCGAGAGCACGCUAUCGCAGGAGCCUCCGGACGUGUAUCAUCGUCGAAGCAGAAGGGAACUCUAUCGCAAAAUGGAGUCUCUGCUGGGAACACGGGGCAAAGACGGCAGAGCCUGCGUGCUGAAAGCAAUCUGCAAGGCUUCCGAGAGAAAUCGGAAGGGGACGGACAAAGGAACCUUCCUCGAGGAGAUUAUGCGUGUCGUGUUCUCACUGCCCGGCGAGUUCGAGGACGCGGACACCGUGACCGGGUACGAGAGAGCUUACUACCGUCAAGAGAAUUGCGACGCGGCGGAAGACAGGUGUCCGGACGUCUUCUGA